AAGUAAACUGUAAGUACUUGAGCGCCUUAUCGUCUGUUUAUACACUGCGGCUGAUUUAUGCGAACCCUUUGCUUUUUUUUCUGGUCGAAAUGUGGUAGUUGACAGUUCAGCCUGCAUCACCAAAAAAAUUCAUUUACUGAUUUUUAGCGCGUAAUAAAAUACUAAUAUUGCUUAAUAUUGCGAUUUACGUGUGACAUAACUAUGGCACCGGAUGCUAAAAAUCUGAUAGUCGUGGCCGCACGAAAAUGUUAGCCCUGUGAUUAUCAUGCAAUGCAUUUUUCGGAUAUACAAGACCGUUUGGCCAUAUGGACUUCUCGCUCAUCUGAAAGCCGUUUAAUAAAGUACAUCCGCACCAAUCCCGUUCAUCCCUUCGACCGUCGCGCCUGCGGGGUGUACGUGCUGAACCACCUGCACACCAACCACUUAACCACCGCCAGCCUCCUCCUCAUCGCCUCCAUCGCCUACUUUGCUUCGUUAGCCAGCGAUUCGACCACUUUCUCGCGCUUGGAUAUUGUCUUCUUCCCAUGUAUCGCCUUUCUCAUCGGCCUACUUAUCCUGUGGCGCAAUGUGUGGACUUACAGUCUGGUGCUCAACUACCCGGCCUUCCGCUACGAGUACUACAUCGGCCAGCAGAUCAUUUCUGUCGGACCCAUCACGGACGCCUUCAUCCGGCUAAAACUGCUCUUUGCCGGGGAGGAAGAUAUGUUCUACAAGAUUGUCGUGGGGGCUUCGCAUGCACCCGAACUGGAUUUGACUAGGCUCAGUGCCAACGGACCGUUGUACCGCGAAGUGGCCCGUCGUCUGGCGCGGACACUGGACUUGAAUUACUUCGAUGUGAUGGAUUUAUCGCAUUUACAUGAAUGCCGGCACGCCACGUCCCGGCAUCUGCGCACUGUUAUGAGAAUGCCGGUUAACAUGGAAUCCAUGGUUAGUGAAGAUGUCGAGCGAAGACAUUUAACGAGCAGUCUGGAUCGGUUGAUGUGCCAUGAGCAGAAUCCACUGGAAUGCGCCGCUCAGACCGAAGCUUGUAAUUGGCCGUUCUGGAGCGCCAACCAUCCAAAUCUGGGCGUGCCAGUGGAAACCGUACGGAGAUUCCGGGAGGAAAAGCAGACUAGAGAGACCUGGGCGUGGCGGGUGAGAAACACCGGCCAAAAGGUUAGAAAUUCCUUGCGCGCUGUAAAGAUCGGGUUACUAGGCAAGGACGUGGCGUCCGCCCAACGGGAUGCGGAGAUCGGCCAUCAUAUCGAAUACGAGCUGACCGAAAUCGAAAAAGCCCAGCUAAUCCGGGAACUUCGAGAUGUGGAACGAGAUAUUCGGAUGCUCAAGUACUCGCGGUGGUUAUUAAGACUGAAGACUAAUACCCUUUGCAGAAAAGAAGCCCUCUCGGUGGAACAGCGUGAAAUCAUGCAGCUAGUGGCGCGAUUCAUGGUACUGCGGAACACCCUGCGGACGUUCGGUCAGAGCGUUCCCGGGAUUACAGCUGAGCUUGGGUUUAUCUGGAUGUACACUGCGCAUUCCGAGUAUUCCAAAUUCUACCACAGGGCGAUGCAAGACACUGACCCAGGGUGUGGCGUAUUGUGUAGAAAAGGAAUACGGGUACACCCGGUAAAGGUCACACCCUCUGGGCGAGAAGUUAAAAUCAAACAGGGUAUUUGCACUUGCUGCAAUGGUGGUGGUGAGGUGCACAAUGCACUUGUACGCCAAGAAGCGACCCGGUCAGUUGACAAUACAUCAGAAGUCAGAGAUCGCGGUACCGCGGCAAACUCUGAAGCGUCCGCCAGAAUAACGGAAAAGCCGUUCCUGCUUUCUGAAUCGAUUGUAACAGAGGGCAUUGCUUCUACGCCAAAAUCGCAAGAUACUGCAGAAGCCGGAGCAACGAAUAUAGUCGUGAUUACGGAGGGGGAAAUCGUUGAGAGACCUGUUAGUGAAGUGGCUUCGACGGUAGUACGUAACGACUUUGAAGAGACUACGGAGAAGCCCUCUGGACCUGAUGACAACAAGCCACCCGAUAAGAGCAACUAGACAACGCUUUUUAAUUUUUUAACCGCAUGAACUGAUCCAGUAAUUGUGUGAUAAUGACAUCUGCCACAUAUAAAUCCGACGCCACUAAUUAAGCAAAAGAUCAAGAGUCAGGACGAUUAUGAAUCAAUUGGAAAAUAAAGUUAACGAACAGA